AUGUCGGAGACGUGGAAUAAAGUGUGUCAACUAUGCAAAUAUUUCAAAGAAUGGAUCUCUUGCAAGAGCACUGAAGACAAUAUCGAAGACACGACAACGGCACAAAACGAAGAAGAAAGGAGAUGGAUCCUCAUAUUGAGCAACCCGUUGUACAUAACCCUCGAAUGGUUGUGGGAGAUUGAUUCGAAUACCCGAAAUCAGCCGAAUGCGAAUGGGACAUCGGAGAUGGAGGCAGUUGAGAAAGAAGAAAAGCCUAAUGAGCCGAAUGCCAAUAAGAAAUCGGAUGAGAAGGCAGAUGAGAAAGCGAAUGAGACAUCGGAGAUGAAGGCAGAUAAGCAAAGAAUAAAGCGUAAAGAAACUACAUUGUCUGGCAUUAUUGAGGCAUCCCUCCGUGACUCACUCCUGUUAGAGAAAAUCGCCGCGUACAAGUAUCAUCAAUACAGUCGAGACGACUACAUGAAUUGCGCGAGAGACCUUGAGAAAUUGGCCGUAGAUAUCGUUGCCAAAAUAGGUCCUUCCCAACUGAAACCGCUUCACCUCAUCAUGGAUAUCGAGGGCACAGGAUGUUUAUUGAAUGAGAAAAAGCCUGACAAUUUCAUGCCGAGUGUGAGCCUGGUGAGGUUCGGCGUGGAGAAACAACGAAAGUUGGUAAGUUAAGAAGUCAAGUUCAUUUUUGCUCAUUGCCUUAAAACAGUGAGCUUUAUUGAUUACAGAAUUACUUAAAUAACCUUGGCAAGGCGAAAAGGUCAGACCAAAAAAAAAUUAAAAGAAUGAAUAGCUGUAAGUGUAUUUAUCCAUAACUUUACAUGUAUAUCUCAAUAUUUUCUUAUUUUAUAAAUUUCCUGUCUGCUUUAUUCGUGAAAUAUUACAACCUUUAAUUCAUAAGUAACCAAGAAUUAAACCCAAAGUCAGACUCAAACACGAAGCCGGAAAUCUUCGUCAAUUCUCAGAAUCCAAUUUAUUAUUUACUUAGUCUGUCAGCAGUUCAUUCAACGUCAAACGCUGAUUCUCCAGAGUUCGAAGGUUCGAGGCAAACCUUUCAUUUUCUUUGCGGAUUUCUUCUUAAUGGUAAUCUGUAAUUUGAACUGAUAUCGAACACGAUGUCUUGCAAAAUUAAGUUCUCCGUUUCCAGCUUAGGAUCAGUUCUGUACUUAGCAAAUCAUUAUUUAUAGCUAUUUAUCACGGCAUACAUAGAUCAGACAUUUUUUGUUUUCAUUUAUCUGUGCCGGGUCUAAUUCCGUCACGAACGACAAAAAAGGAUCUUUCAUUUAUCUAGCUCUCAAUCUAUAGCUUCGUGCCUAACUUCAUCUAAAUGUAGCCCUCUUUAGCAGUUUCUAACUGUCUAUCAUGAAAAUCAGUUAUUUAACGGUGUCACUUAUUUUAUUGUGGCACAGUUUGUGGCGAGCUACAACUGCCAGUAUGUACUCAACGAGGUGAUCAACCGUGGAUGGUGGGACUGGAAAGAUGAAGGUUUUGUCGUAAAGAGCAUUUGGUUCCUUUUUCAUUUUAUCUUCUCACUCGUGAUGAGCAUCCUUAUCUACUGAUAAAACUGUUGAACGAAUACUGCGGUGCAUCCUCCUGCUGUUCAUGCUGGAAAUUGAGGAAAUUUUUCGAACAUCCUUACUCCAAGUUCAUCAACCAUCUCAUGUCAUACUUGACAUUUCUAUGCACGAUCAUUACCUCUUCCUUCCCGAGUGUAUACAGCAGAACCAGCUCAGGCCACUCGAUGUUACCACUUGGUAAGUUAUACACGUCAUAUUCUGUAUAUUCAAUAUAUUCUUAUGAUUGAUUCAUUUCCGCAGUACAUAUGACCUUGAGUUGGAUAAAGUAAUCACUUUUGACCAUAAGUCUCCGAAUGCAUGUCACUUGUACUCUCAGUAAACCGAUAUCAAAAAUAACAAAUAUCUUACCCGUUUUCUCGUUCCGUACUCUACGUUGCAGACCGAUUAUUUUCCUCCGUUUAUUUACGGCCCGUGUGUUACGCAAUUGGGUCAUAAAUCCGAGCGCUGAAAAAACGACGUUCUGUAACUUACAGUACGGACCAAGAAAACGGACUUUCUAAGAUAUUUAAUAUGUCUCUUUUGGCAAACAAAACCACCUUUCUGAGCGAGUCUUACAGUGGAAUACGGCCCGCCAAAUUGAUCAAUCACACCGCACGUAGUAAUUGAGAGAUUUUGAUGAAGAUGAUAAUAAUAGCCAUUAUAAUUAUGAUAAUGAUAGUAAUAAUUUUAGUAGUGAUUACUAUAUACUAAAACAGUGGAUGUAAAAUUAGUCAACAAAAUUAUGUUACAAAAUGACGUCACGAAUUUUGUUACGAAAUUGUGUCUCGAAUAAUUAAAACACUGUGAGAGGAAAUAAUAACAAUUCCACUUUAAAGUGAACACAGCGAAAUCAAAUCCAUCAACGGCUAAAAAUUCAAAAACAGAGAUAACCGCCAGUGUUUUUAAUGUAGGUCCAGAGUUGGAUUCUCUAAGUUAAUUUAUACAGCCUUUUUUGUCUUGAUUUGAGAGUAAAAGGAGACAGAAUUCACUUUCCAAUAAGCAAUUCAUCAUAAGAAUUGAGUGCUAAACUCAGCCGGUUAUACCCUUUAGUACUAUAUUUUGGAAUCUAGAGAAAACAUCUCUUGUUGGUAUUCAAGAGGCUUAAACAUGGGGUUUUUUUGUUUAGAAAGGAUAUGUGAAGUUUCCCAGUCGAAGAUCCUUUUUCGUACAGUUGCCCCCCUAGUUAUUACAAGAUUCAUAAACUGCGUGCCUAGAAAACUCUUUGUUGGUGGCGUACGGUGGACAAGCAACGUAUUAGAUUUCUCGUUAGAUCUGACUGUGCGGAAAAAAAUCUCAAGUGCCUAAGAAACUAAAUUUCUUUCUUUUUCACUUUUUCAACAGAUGUUUUGUGUGUAUGUUUUGCGUGCGGUCUAUUCAUACAGGAACUCAUGGAGCUCUGGCUGCAAGGCCGCUUAAAUUACUUCUCAAAGUGGUGGAAUGUUAUAGACCUAGUAAUGGCCUCAGCAUUUCUGAUUUCCUACAUAGUAUGGGGGAGCGCGUGGUUGACAUACAGAGGGUGGAGGCCAGAAAGCCCAUCAUUUAUUCUUUCUGCUCUCAUUUAUGCCAUUGCCUGCGUCGUAGCCUUUUUCCACUUGGGACGCUUUUUCCAAGUCAGUUCAACGCUGGGUCCCAUGCAGUUGUGCUUAUUCAACAUGCUGAAAGAUGUUAUCAAGUUCCUCGCCAUCAUCUUCGUGCUCUUCUUUGCAUUUUCCACUGGGCUGACUAAGAUCUAUUCGUAUUACAUCCAAUCUGAGAAGGAACUACAAAAACAGGACAAGGAGAAUAUUACAAUUCAUUACAAUACGACGCAUCCAUAUGCCAAGUAAGGACUAAAUCUCACUUGCCUGGACUUUAAUGAUUACUUAUGAAAAUCAAACAUAACUCAUACAAACGUACAGUCAUAUCGACAGUUUUCACUCAAUACCUCCAACAUUCUUUACACCAACGAGACACACGCACCAUUGCCGUUUCACAUGCGCAAAGUUCAGUCCUUUCAAGGGCGUCAUAAUUUAGAGAGGUGAUGGUAAAACCUGAUUGGUAGAUCCCAUAUGUUAGAGUUCGCGGAGGUGAUGAAAUAGUUCAAUCGCUACAAUCUAGUAAGGAGAUUGGUGAUUGAAAAUAUAAAUGCCUAUGAUUGGGUGAACUAAUGUUUGUCGAUCGAAAUAUGAUUGAAGGGCAAUGUAAAUCCCAGCGAUCGACCAAGUCGAUCACCAUGCAUUCGCGAAACUCACUUGAGAAUAUUAUGUCUCACCAAAUUCUUAGCUAAAUGCUCCUACUUUAGUAUUCACUGUUUCGAGGAAACUUACACGUCAUUUCUUUUAAGCUUGCCUUAGGAACUGAUCUCUAAGUUUCCAAAAAAAGGUUUUUUAUAAAACCAAUAAAUUAUUUUCAUUGGCAAAAGUUUGAUAACGUUCGUAUCAAAAAGUCCAUAUUUUAGAUUCUGAUAGAGGUCGUGAUUUGAAUAAGUUCGAUAGAACUAUAUUUUUAAAUACCAUUUUCUGUAAAUACUACGAAUUAUAAAAAAAUACUCCAUACCCCAACAAGAGUUGCUCCAAACCUUGAACACUAACCAUCAGCCUGGGUUAUGUCUAACAAGAAGUUCCUUUUAUUUUCAUCCCUUUCAGCCACAUUACCGCUCUCUACAAUAUGUUUUGGUGGUUGUUCGCUGAUGUGAACGAAGACCGAAAGGGUGUCGAUGAUCAUCGCUUCCGCUACAUACCCAUUUAUGUCAGCAUUCUUAUGAUCGUGUUUAUGAUACUUGCCGUCAUUGUGGCACUAAAUAUGCUGAUCUCAAUGAUGAGCUACUCUUUUGAAAAUAUCAUGGUAAGUUAUUUCAGCGGAUCUAGGAGACAAUCAGGAAAAAAGCAUUGCUUUUGUUUUGGGACCGGUGUUCUUAUCGCCUGGGGAUCACAUGGUUUUCGGGAGGAACGAAGGGGGGAGCAGUCGUCAUCGACAAAGUAUCAAGGGGGGACCAAAGAAAAUUCACUUCCAAUUAGCUGUCAAUGAGCAGGGUGUGUGUGUGUGUGUGUGUGUGUGUGUGUGUGUGUGUGUGUGUGUGUGUGUGUGUGUGUGUGUGUGUGUGUGUGUGUGUGUGUGUGUGUGUGUGUGUGUGUGUGUGUGUGUGUGUGUGUGUGUGUGUGUGUGUGUGUGUGUGUGUGGGGGGGGGUUUAAAAAGGAGUAUUGCAGAGCCUGAUGGGAAGAUCAGGUAAAUUUCAUUGUGACAUAACUAAAAUCAUCCAGGCGAUAAAUUAUGGUCUGUCUCUUGUGUUUUAGCGUUUUUCGUUAGUUUGUUUGUUUUCGGUAAAGAAUUACACCGCCUUUCGUCCCCAGGACAUCUCCUUUUCAGGUAACGCUGAAAAUGACCCUAACCUGACAAAAAAUUAAAAUGUUUAUCUCAUUGAUCAAAAUAAAGCGAACCAUGACAAUGUAUUCAGAGAGAAAUAGAGGAUAACACAUGGGCGCGCGCAGAGAUGGAAUUUCUCUUCGAGUGUUUAACUCGAUAGCUCACGAGUAAGCGCAGCGAACAAGUGAGAUGUCGAGUUGAACACGAGAAGAGAACUUUUAUAUCUGCGCGCGCCCAUAUGUUAUUUUGUUUAUCAAAUAAACACAAUAGCCCUUUACUGACAAGGAAAGUCGACUUUACCAAUGAAUGAAAAUAAAAGGAUCGACAAUCUUCGAAUAAAAAUCGUAAAUUGCGUUGGUGCACUUAAGAUGAAAACAUGCGUUGAAUCACCACAAAAACAAACAAUGGGCCUCAUCUUCAAUACAAAAAAUUCUCAGUUUUAGAAUUGGCCCUUACCGACAGAAGAAAUCUUUCAGGUACACGGCCAAAAUCGACAUGUAGCAAAUCUUCUAGUUAUUGAUUUUCGUUCUCUGCUAUGAGGAGUGCCAUCACCAAAGCCACUGAAUACGUAACUUUCGGUUUUUCUUCUCGUAUUUUGGUUUUCUUCCCCUUCUAAAGAAAAGUUUGAACGUCACUGUCUGUAAGCGAUACGAAUUUUUCAGUGUUUUAACAGCCAUAAUCCGAAAAAAUCUCUGACAAACGAUCUCGGAUUGAGAAUGGUAAAGGCUUUGCCGUUCAUUCAUUAACCUGAUCGAGUAGCGCGAAAGGCGAGUGACGUGUCAGCAGCUGAUUGGCGAUGCCAAACACAGGUGAAAAGAUAUCGUAUUUUUUCACGUGUGUUGUUAAGGCUUUUCUCAGGGCUGGAAAUCCUUGUAUAACACCGUAGUUUAUAUGAUAAAGUGUGAUAUCGUUGGAAUGUUACGGGCGUGGGUCUUGGCGGUUGGUCCAAAAAGUAUUGAGGUAUAAGUCGUAAGCCCUGCACUUGAACAUUUUUUAUUUUUGGAGCUGGAUGUAUUUUCUUCCUAGUCAUUCACUUUAGCAUGAGCCAUCAACUGAUCGAAUUUCUGAACUUCAAUUUUCUAGAAAAAUGCAAUUACAGAAUGGAAGUUUUCAAGAACCCAAAUGUGGCUAGAAUGGAUUCACAAAGAGAAUGCUGUACCUGUGCCUACGAACCUUGUACUUGUACUUGCACUUGUACCUGUACUUGUACGUGUACUUGUAAGUGUACUUGUACUGUUUUUCUUCUGGCUUCCAUACAAGAUCAUCACAGCGGUAAAAUGUUCAUUAGGGAUCAAGCUAAAUAAUGAGUGGAAUUAAUGCUAAGUUUUAAUGUAUUUGUCAAAAUAUCCAAUGAACUGGUCAUUAUUUAUCGCCGGAAGGGGAGGGAGGGGUUAGCUCUAUAUAUUAUAUAAUAAUUCUUGUGACCUUCCCCCACCCUCAUUGACAGUUAAUUAGCUGUCAGUUUCCCCCCAUAAUACUCUGUUGGCGAGGACUGAUCCCCCUGCGUUCCCCAUUAAAACCAUAUGACUCCCCUAAACUCCUCCACUCUGCACCUGUAAGUUAAUGAUUAAAAAGAGAGUUUCUCAAUCACGUUUCCAGCCGCCAAUGUUUCUUUCACCAGAUAAUCCAGGUUAGAAAGAAAGAAAAAAAGAAAGUUAAGACAGAGAUCAACCGUCCUAAGGGGAACUCCACCGACGAGGUAAUAUGCUAAUAUCCUAUCGAUAAACACUUUUCAAAGAGAAGAGAUACAUGCAAUUCAUGAUCACCACUAUCUUGCGUUCUCUCUUUGAUCAUCGACAGUCCUUUCUGAUGCAGAUUUUUUUUUAAAUCUAACAGAGUGAACUUUUGGUGAAUUCUCAAGAACUGGUUAGUUGUACUUUGUCUGUGAUACUUCAGAGUACGUGAGAUUUUUCCUUAGGGUAAAAGGUGAAAAGAAUUUAAAUUUGUUCUAGUGGAACUUUUGCUUUACUAAGAAAAGAGAAUUUCUAAAAAAUAAAUUCAAUAGCACAGGAGCGCCUACUAUUCCCAUGACGUGUGAGUUUGGGUUGAAGUGUAGGAGAGGUAAUCUUUAUUCAUAAAUAUUUCAAAACUGGCGCGUUUAAAGUGUAAAAACAAAAACAAUUUAUUCAGGCGUAAGCUGCGCGUUUACUGAGUUAGGUAAAACCUUGAGAGUUUGAACAGAAACUCUCAUCUUUCGACCUCUCUAAACUGGGCGUGUGCUUCAUAUUUCAAUGAAAUCAUGUAGACACAUGAAGCAGCUAAUGGAUGGGGGGGGUGCUUUACUUAAGCUUUAUUCUAUUUGAAUAGAGAACAUCUCAUGAGGGGGCUGGAGAGAGACAGGGCAGUGACAGUGUACGGUCAGAUUCUAAGGUUCAACAGGUGAGCUACGAUAAUUUAAUUAAUAUCAUUUCUAAGGGAAAUAGUUUGGCAUCAGUUACUGUAUAUGCUGCAAGAAUAUUUGCAAGAACUCGCCACCUUCCGCAACCGAGGAUAUGAUAUUUUUAAGAGGAGUGAAACAUGAAAUUCAUUAUUAAGAUACAAUACAUCAAGUUUUGUAAACCAAAAACCCCAAGAACUAAGAGAACAAUUCAUCGAAACUGUUACUAAGAAGCCAAAAAAAUAGGACAACGUAGAUUGGAGGAUAAUAACCAUGUACAUAAACCCGUUUGCUGUUUUUAGAAAGAUAAGAUUUGCGUUUUCCCAGGUGCAGUAAAUCUAAUCGAUUUAUUUUAUGAUUCUUUUGCUUUAGAGCGACGAUGACCAUGAUAAAUCGUGUUGUUCUUUCUGUAUAUGCCUCGAGAAUAUUUGCAAGAAGUCGCCACCUUCCACAAACGAGGUAUGAUAUUUAAGAGGAGUGAAACAUGAAAUUCAUCAUUGAGAUGCGUCAAAUUUUGUGAAACAAAAACCCCAAGAACUAAGAGAACAAUUCAUCGAAACUGUUACUGAGAAGUCAAAAAAAUAAGACAACGUAGACGAGAAAUUUGAAAAGGAUAUACGCUACCAAAAUUGAAUGAGGCAGGCAGGAGGUGAGUUUGCAAAUACGAAUUUCAUUUUGUUUUUUCCAAACCCGUUGGUCACUCCUCUCACUCUCUCUUGCCCGUAGCACCGUUACGGUUCUUAAAAUGUUCAAGCCCGUCAGGUGCAUAUAAGACAGUUACCAGCAAAAGCAACACAAUCAUUGUUAGUUUCGAAACGCGUAACUUGUGUACUUUUCUGUUAGGUUUGUUCCGGUCUAUUAUUUCUUCGUUGGUUAACGAUUAUUACUUAAUAAGUUUUUUUUAUUUAAAUCAGUUUCAUUUAAGCACAUGUACCAGAUAUUAUAUUUCAUAUUUCAUCGCUAUAAGUUGCUGUCGACACCAUCAAUUUUGUCUGCUAUUCAUGUACGAUCCGCUAUUGGCGAUUUAUCUACAAUCAUUAGGAGCUAGACCAAAGUAAGUUUUUCUUUAUUUCAUAUUUAAGAUAUUUCCUUUUUUUUUUUGAUGCGUAUAUCGAUUUAUUUCUUUUUUGAUACGUAUAUCGAUUUACAUUUCUCAGGGAUAUUUUCUUAGUUUAGUUUCUGCUGUAUUUUCUUUUAGUUCGAACCACACACAAAUUCAGCUACAACGUUACCAUCGAUCAUAACUACGCUAUCUUUGAUCUCACUUCGCUCUCUUCAUCUGUGUUUUCACACCGAUCUCCUUAUUUAGUUUGUAAUUUUGAUUACGCACUUCAUUUGAUUAAACCGUGAUUUAUACUGUGCGUUCGGAUUGUCUUCUCCGCUACACUAGUAACCUUUGAAGGUUACAAUCAUAGAUUGAACAUUUGACUUGAAAUUGGUCAUAAACUUCUCAGAUUCUGAGUCUAUUUUAGACUUUUUCACGUACUGUUGCUCUUAGCUUUCAAGCAGGCGGUAUUCUGCCGGGAGUAGGAGUCACCAAGUCAGUAUCAAUCAAUUAUGAUGAAACAUUGGUAAUAUAUUGAGUAAUUAUAGACUGACUUUGAAGCAAAAAAAUUGAUUUUUAAUAGAAGUUCCCACUAUACAUUUUGAUCAUAGCUCAGUCUGAUGAUUAUAUGAGAAAGGGUUGAGAAUUAUCAAUUCGUAGUUCCAUUUUUUUAUCCCUAAGGUUGACAACCUCUCCGUCUAGAGCUGCCAUUCUGUCGUCUUACCACCUGAACCUUUUUCUCCUAAACAGGAACGCAAGAAGGUAAUGGCAAAUCUGGUCGUGAAGUAUCUGAUGGAACGUUACCCAGAGAAGUUCCCACUAUCCGAAAUAAUCAAAGCUCAGUCUGAUGAUUAUGGAAGUGGACAGAGAAGUGGACAGACUUAAUGCCCAAACCAUCAGGAAAAGCAUGAAAUACGCUGUUUUGAAAUAAUCUCUCCACUAACACAAUAUAAUAUUUCAUAGGCAAGUGUAAUAUUUUAUCCCCUGCUUGUCCAGAUCAAUCUUGUAGUGUAGUGUGCAUGCUGCCUAAGUCUCAGUCUAUCUUAAGCGACCAGGUGAACUUUCUUUCAUACUUUCCACAUAAACACUGUAGGAGAACUAUUAGGCCUUUUGCAACAGUUUGUCAAGUGACCUCUUCUUCGUAAAAGUAAUGAUUCAGCCAAUUUCAACAAACAAUUUUUCUAGAAUGAAUGAAUGAAUAAACUUCAAAUAUGUUAUCUUGUAUAGUUUAAGCAGAGGUUUCAAAGAGUUGGAAAAACUUGAAGGUUUUGCAAGUGCUGAAGACGAUUUGACCAUCCGUCACUCUCAUAUGAUUUUCAUACGAAUCUUCGUAUUAAUCUAUUUUUUCACACCGUUUGUUGCUUACAAGUCUGAAACUUUUUUAUCAAAUUUUUUACAUUCAUUUUCGUUUAGUCUGCCUCCUAUGAAUAUAAGAAUCUGCCUUAAAUUUCUUGAACUUGAUAAAAUAAAAUUUCAUUGGAGGGCAGAAUUUAUCGCUUUCACAGAAAUAGAUCGGGAGACAAAAAUAUAAGUUCUCAAAUAGUCAUAAUAUCUCAACCUGCCAUGGUACAACAUUUGCUAUCAGGAUGAAUGAAAUAUGGUCUUUUGAAUUCUUGAGUUCACACCAGUGACAAGGUUACCGAUUGCUGGUCACUCAACCAAUUUCUACAAAAGGCUUAUUCGUUUAUUUCACCGGCUUAAAGGGAUUGAAAUUUUUGUUUCUCUCUGAAUUUCUAGCUUAUUUAUUGAAGCUUCCCGGUAGCACGGCUAAAAUCAGAUCAAAUUCAGGGCGUCUCCCAGCCGUGUUUUCUGUCACCAUACCCCUAAUCUUACCUCAGACAUUCUCAAACUUUCGUUCCUAAGUUGCGGGAGUAGCUGGGUUAAAUGGUAAAAUCUAGUUAUCCCUAACAUCGAAAGCUUUCGAAUAUUAAGAAAGAAGUCACAUGGUAAAAGAUAAGUAUCACCAGCGAUUUAAUUUUUUGAUCACCUAGAUUAUUUCUAGCUGAAUAAAUAUUUACCAUUUUAUUCUAAUUUCUUUUCCGACAUCUAUGCGUUCCUACUGGAUAACAAUCACCAGGAUCACCAACUUAUUGUUAAUGCAGGUGUUACAUUUCAUAUUCUGAAUAUAGCAUCCC